UACGAAAACAGAGAUAAGAAUGAAAUUGUGACAGUAACGAGGAAACGAAAAAUACAAAGGCGAAUCAUAGUUGAUGGUAAAGAGGUUUUAAUCGAUGUAGUUGUUGAUGAGCCACAGAGUGGUUUGGAGAUAUUGAAUCAACCAGAUGAUGAGUCGAAACUAAAAGCUUUACAGAUAGAUCAACCAAACGUAAACGUACAUGUGUUAGAUGACCACAAAGUAACAACCUCAACAUCUGUAACUCAUAAAAGAAUACGUAAAGUCAUUAGGCACGUGAAUGUUGUCGACGGAAAAGAAAUUAUAGAAGAAGAAAUAAUAGAUAUCCCUGAAUGUGAGGAGAGCCCCAAUGAGGUUGUUUCUGAAAUUCAGGCUAUUGAUAUUAAUUCAUCUAAAACGCAAUCGAUAUUUGAGAAGUUGAAAGGUUUGGUGGGCCAUUCAAACAAAGGACUGGAUGAUAGAAUAAUUAUUUCUUCUGAUACUAGUCAUACUGAUUUAUCACCAAACAAUGGAGCACUUAAAGAUUAUAAGUCAGAUCAUCUGGAUUCAGAUAUCAAUGUUGUUGCUCACCCUUCUUCUGCUGAUAUUUUUAAUAUGAGUGAUACUUCUAGUAGUUUUAACAGUAAACGCACAAAAUCGCCCGUAAUGAGUGAAUUAGAUCGAAAUAGAUGUGUUGUGAAAAAAAUGGUUGAUGAAGAUGGUAUUAAGAAAUUUGUGUUUGAAAUGAAAGAUGUGCCAUUAUCACAGAGUAUAAAUAUAAAAAGUGAUUUGUCUGGUUCAAUUGACCUUAUAAAUAUCAUGAAAAAUAACAUUUUAAAAUCUGAUACUCAAAACAAAUUUGCUGUAUAUACUACAUUUUUUGAAGAAAUCUACGAGCUUUUAGAAAUUAUCAUUUUUCACGCCACUAAUCAAAAAAACCCAAAUAGAAUAACGUUAAACUUAGAAGAACCAAUAAACGCAAAACAAAUAGUAAAUCAAAUAGAAUCAGCUGUAAAAGAUGUAUCUAAUAUAAAGGAAAAAUAUACAAAUUCAAAAGAAGACUAUGAAAAAAUAAAAAAAAUAAUAGAACAACUCCAGAGUAAAACUAAAGAAGUCAAACUUCGGAUUGAAAAUUGUAAUGAAGAUAUUGAUUCAGUUGAUUGGCAUAAACAAAAUAUAUCAAUUGAAAGUUCCAAAAAAAAAUUAGAACAGUAUAAAAUUGAAUUUGAACAAUUAAAGAAAGGAAAACUAGCAUAUCAAGAAAAAUUUGAUAAAAUGGAAAAAUUAUUUGAUUACAAUCAUAUAAUAAUUGACGAUAUCUAUACAAUUAUAAGUAUUUAUAAAAUAAAAAAUAACUCAAAAAAUAAACUACCUGAUGACACAUAUAAAUCACUAAAGAGUGCAAUAAAAUUAGAAAAAGAAAUAGAAAAUACAACCAAAACUAUCCUCGAAGAAAUUGAAAAAGAAAAUUUAAUCAAUUCAAAUACUAAUCAUUUAAAAUCAGUAUGUGAAUCAAUAAAGAAGAACAACGAAAAGAUAAUCAAAUAUUCUAAUAUCAAACACAUUCAGGAGGAUUGUGAUAGAUAUAAUCAUGUGGGUUCAGAAUUGAUAAACCUAAAAUUCUCAUUAGAAGCACAGAAAUCGGAUAAAAUUAACAUAAAACAUCUUGAUACGGAACUUAAUAAAACGCAUUUAAAUCUGAAAAAAUUACUAACUAUUCAAAAUGAAUGGACUCGUUUGGAAGACAUUUUAACAGCUGAACAAAAAUGGUUAGACGAAAUUGGAAUAUCAAUUCUUGAUUUGACAAAAAUUACGUCUAAUAAUUAUAUUCAAACGUUAUCUAAUACACAGAAUACAAUAACAGAAGUAGCAAUCCAUUAUGAUUCACUUUUAUACUUAAAGGAUAUAAUAGAUAAACUUGAGAAUCAAAUCGAUGUAAAACCAUUAUUGUAUGUAUGUGAACAACAUACGAAUGAUACAUUUAAGUUGAAAAACAAUUUAAGAACCAAAGAAAUACGUUUAAUCGAUUUUAAAAAACAUUUUAUUAAGUAUAUUGUUUUGAAGAAAAAUAUAGAAUCGACUCUUUCACGUAUAACAUCUGACUUGGAAAAUAUUAUACCAAAUCAGAAAAUCGACUAUAACAAUGGAAUUCAAUCCGAGCUACAAUUUAUAGAAGAAUCAAUAAAAAAUUGUUCUAUUCAUUUAAAUGAAUCACUUGAUGUUCUUCCAAUUUCUGAUGGACAAAAUGAAAUAGAAGCUGUUGGAGCAAUUACAGCAGAAUACAAAGUAUUAAAAGAAAAAUCGUACAAAAAUAUGUCAGACUUUGACAAUGGUGAUAUUUUAAAAACAUUUAAAUGUCUAGAAAGUUCAUUGGAAAAACCAAAAGACACGUUGUUAGAUCACAUUAGAACACUCAAAGGUGUUACAUACGAAAUGGGUAAAAUCGAGGGUCUUGAAAAAGAUCAACAAUUAACAGAGCAAUUUAGUACAUUCCAAAUCCAAUGCAGUAGUCAGCUACUGAACUAUUCGGAAUUAAAUACAAAAAUCGAAUAUUUACGUAAUACCUUGACUGAUCUUACACAUAACUUAGACAAUACUGACCUAAUUUUGAUAGAGCUAGAGAACGAAUCACAUAAAGAUAGACACACUUCAGAAACAGCAUUAUCUAAAACAUACCACCAAGUUACAGAUAAAAUGAAAAACAUGCAACAGAAACUGUCACAAGCUUCUCAACAGUUGAAACCAUUAAAAGACAAUCUGAAACCCUUUAAAAAAGAGAAGAAAGCAUUAGAAUCCGAAGUGAAUGAAAUUGAAAAACGAUAUAAACAAUUAAAAACGAAACAUCAAAGUGUGCUAAAAAUUUUGGAAAAUAAAUGCAGUUAUUGGAUAAUGGUCGAUGAGCUGUUAUUAAAGAUUAGAUUAAUAAAUAAUUCUACAAACAAUUUAAUCCUUAUCAAGCCAAAUUCAGACACCCUAGCAGACAAAUACUUAGAAGCAAUAUGGAAACACCUAAAGGAUGUCCGGAGUGCUUAUGAUAAAGAGAAUAAAAUUAUUUUGGCUGACAUUGAAAGUUUACGUAAGAAAGGAGAUAAACAGCAAAUCGAUAAUAUAAUCGAGAAUGAUCUAAAACAAUGGGUUGAUACUGGAGUAGCGGUAAAACAAUUAGUAGAUCGUUAUGAAAAAGCAUCUAAAACGCUGCAUGAUUAUCAACAAUUGAAAGAAUCCACAAACGAUUGGUUGAACGCCAAACUUUUGUCAGUCGAAAGCACUGAAGAUGUAUCAGAAAAAACUAAAUCAAUUGAUAAACAAAAGGAAAAUUUGGUCGACUUACGGAACAUGAUAACGGACGUAGCUGAAACCAUUGGACUAAAUUCGGAUGAUGUACCGUUAAACGAAAUCGAAGAGUUGAGUUUAAAACUCGAUAAAGUUCAAAAAGUACUCACUGCUCUCGGAGACGUUGCAGCCAAAAAGAAUAAAAUUUCAUAUGAAAUUGAGAAUGCAAAACAAUUUUUACAUGAUAUUGAAAAGAAUUCGUCAAAACCGAUUAAAAACAAUGAUGAGAAAUUAAAGGAAUUGAGAAGUAUAUUAUUAGAUUUGAACAAAUCAAAAAAAGAGAUGGACGAAUCACUUGAUAUAGAUAGCUUUGAAGUACCUCUUAAUGAAAAACGGACUUACUCCAUAGUAGAAGUUUUACAGCUUUGGCAACAAAUAUUCAAAGAAACUUUCCAAGAAUACCGAAAAUUAUCAUGUUCUCUACUCGAAAAUGAAAACAAUGUCGCCGUAUUUGAAAUUUGGCACGAUUAUCUUAUUUAUGUACAAGAAUUUUUACAAUCUCCUAUUCCUGGUGACUAUCAUUCGCUAACGAGUCAUGAACGACUAUUCCAAGUACACCAAGAAGUAUUGAUAAGUCAAAUGGAUACCAUACCUAAUUGCAUGAAUAAGCCAGACGUCAUCUCGGAACCUGCAGCAAUGGAAAGACUUUCGUCUUUAAUAGAUUUACAUAACGAAACAAUGACAAAACUCGAAAAUACUCAUCAAGAAGUGUGGACUAAAAUAGAACUGUGGAAAGAAUAUAGAACAAAUGUCAAGAAAGUAUAUGAAUGGCUAUGGAGCGUUGAAAAGACACAUUCCAAUUUAAAUUUAAAAUUCAUCAACACAAGAAGAUUACCGAACUUAAAAAUUCAAAUAACCAAUCUAUUGAGCGAUUUGGCCAAGAACCGUUCUCAGAUAGAAGAUCUCGAAAAACGUCAAAACACAAUAUUUACAUUCUGUGAUAAAACUACUGAGACUGGUUACAGAAAAGAGCUAAUUGCAAUCAGUCAAAGGAUUAAUGAAAUUCAGGCAUCAUUAGAAGUGUGGAAUGGCUAUCUAGAAAAUAUUGAAAAACAAAUCAAUGCUUUUGGUAAUCAAAGCACUGAGAUAAAUAGAGUAUUGCAAGAUGGACAAAAUAAAUUUGAAACUCUUCAACAUGAAUUUAAUUAUAAACAAGAAGAUAUAGUGCCAUCCGAUAAGCUUAAUACAGAAAUGAAGAAAAUACAAGAGUUAAACAAUCAAUUGAAACAACUAGAUACGCAGCUAUUAUCUACUACAGACAUACGAGACAAGUUAAAAGAUUCCCUUGAUCCUAUUGAAAUUCGUUCAUAUGGUCAAAAACUUAGGUUUUUAAAAUAUCACCAAAAAGACUUACUUUAUCAAUUAUUCUUGUACUCUUGUCAAAUCGACAAUUUACUUUACAAGCCACAAGAAUUUACGCACAGAUACACUAGAUUUAAGAACUGGACUAUUGAUACAGAAACUCAAUUGAAAAAUUUAACUCAAUCGCUGAAAGAUCCUCAGUUUGCUAUAAACGUGUUAAAACCCGAAUUCGAAUCUCAAAUCAAUUUAAAACAAAAAGAAUUUAAUUGGUUAAAUGGAGCUGGACAACAGCUUAUUACCGCCGAAUCCCAAUUAAACCCUGAGCUAGCAAGUACUACUGAAUCCAACUUAAAAGAAGUCAAUACAAUUUGGAAUAAUCUAAACAAUUCAUUAUAUAAAUAUACAGUAGAAUUACCAACAACGAUUUUGAAUACAAAUAAAUUAUUUGAUGAAAUCAAUACUUUUAAAAUUUGGAUCAAUAAUUUAGAAUCAAAACUAAAUAGUCCUAUUGUCUUUGAUGACCGUUCAGAAUAUAAUUUAAAAAAUCAAAUAAAUAGUUUAAAUGUUAUCAGUCAAAUCUACAAAGAAAAACAAGGAGAAUUUGACGACUUAAUGGUUAGAUGUGAUAAACAGUUGAAAAACGAUGAAAGUUCGAAUAGUUCUGAUAGUAAUCAAGAUCUACAGAGCCCAUUGAAGACACUUCCUAUAAGUUGGAAAAAUCUAGAAAAUAAGAUUAACGAUAAACGAACGCGUGUAGUGAGUGCAUGGGAAGAAUUACAGACUGUUCUUGGUUUAAUUGAUGCAGAAACUAAAUGGCUAAAACGCUUGAAUACUACUAUAGAUGAACGUAAAAAACAAAAUUAUAUUGAACACAGAAAUUUACCAGUAUUGAUCAGUCAUUUUGAGCAGGAACAACAAAACGCAAAGGACAAGCUUUCAAAAAUAGAACUUGCCGUUUCUUUAUCACGUUCUUCAUAUACGGCCAAGUUCAUUGACGAAGAAAUCGAAAUAAUUAAAAACAAGAGAGAAUUCACGUUAGAACAAGUCAAUACUCAAUUAGCAAUUCUUAAAAAAUCAUUAAUGUUAUGGAAAGACUUUAUUAAUGCACAUGGAAGAGCAGUGGUAACCCUUACACAAGUUGAUACCAAACUGAUUCAACUCGAGUUGUUAGAUAAAUCCGACAAUACUGACGAUGAAAAUGCACGUGUUACGGAAAAAUAUCUUGGGAAUUUGCAGAUAUUAGAAAUGGAGUUGAAAAAAUAUGGAGGACUUCUCGAAAAAGCAGAUGUUUUAGGUCUGCAAUUGAUGAAAGAAAGUACGCCAGGUGAUAUAAAAAAUAUUCAAGAAAUGAUUGAUGAGUAUCAAAUUUUAUGGAAGGAUAUCAACAGCCGUAUUGAAAAAUUGAAGGUAACAUGUGUUCAAGAAACUACGUGUAGAAAGAAGCGAUCAGCAAACGAAGAAGUUCAAGUAGAAACGUUAAAGUUCGGUAAAGAUUCACAAGUGCAAGUUGACACACUUCCUAAUGAAUUACUUAGAAAAGACUCAUUCCUAUACGAAUUACAAACAGCAAUGACGAAUGCUACAACCAACCUCAAUGACUUGGAGCUGGCCCUUCAAAAUUCUGACAAGAACUUGUCGAAAAAUAUUGCGACAUGUCAAAUGUCCGUUGACCUGAUCAAACACUUAAGUAUAAUACUAAAAACACAAUGUGGAGUACCCGAAUCUGAUAUAACUUUGGUCAAAUCUGAAGGCUUAUUAAAUAAGUACGAGGAAUUACUUGUAAAAUUCCGAUCGCAACAGCAAGUCGGUCAAUCUAAAACAAGCAGUUCCGCAUUUUGUCCACUGUGUUCCGAACAAAACUGGUCUCAAUUUGAAAACGACAUGUGGCGCUUAGAACACUGGAUACAGUCGACUGAAGCAAAGCUUAGUGUUCAACCAAUGGUACCGCCAUCAAAAAUUGAACAAUUGGAAGACGUUAUUCAAGAGCACAGAGAACUUUUAUUGUACUUAGACAGUCAUCGCAAUAUCGUAAAAUCGUUGAACGUGAUUGGUCUUCAUUUGGCUGACCACAGCAACGACGAAGAAAGAGCAAUACAAAUCAAAAACCGCUUAAAAGCUACCAAUUCUAGAUGGGAUCGUGUUUGUUUCGCUUGUACCGAAUGGCAGACAAAACUUCAAACUGCUCUUAUGGAGAACGACGAAUUCUACAGCGUAAUAGAGGAACUCGUCGAUUGGUUAGACGAAACAGAACGGACCAUCAAGACGACCGAACCGGUAGACCUAUCAGAGGACACGGAGGUCAUAGUUGAAAAAUUCAACAAAUUUAAAAACCUGCACGCCGAUCUGGAAAAAUGCGAACCUCGCGUGGUCUCGCUGCUGGAAGCGGCCGACUGGCUGCGGCAGGCCAACGAAAAGACGGGCGCGGCGACGACCAGACGGUCUGACCAAAGUGUCGCGGACUGCCACGCAAGGCUGUCGCACCUCCGGGCCCGGCUGACCGCGCUGGUGCGCAUGACGGCCGGCCACGCGACCAGACUGGGCACGGUGCUCGGCUACGACGUCUCGUCGGAGGACAACGUCUGCGCGAGGCUGCACCAGGUGGACGAUACGAGCACUGUUAUGAAUCGAUCCGACGAAGAAGAACCAAACACAAAUGUUGGCGGCAAUGAGACCGUAUUGCGGCGAGGCUACAGGUUCUUCGGCCGUGUGAUGCGUGCGUCCUUGCCGUUCCAGGUGCUAAUGCUGCUGGUCCUGGGCGCCGCCUCGCUAGUGCCAAUUGUCGACGAGGAGUUCAACUGCAUGGAGUCCAACAACAUCGCCUGGAGUCUUUACCCGUUGCUCCGAUACCCCGGAGGACCACCGCCAACAUAAUGACCACACGACAUAACGUUCAACACGUUGCUGACGAUCAAUGAUUACUGUUAUUAUUUCUACACACAAAUUCAAAUUAUUAUUAUUAUUAUUAUUAUUAUUAUUAUUAUUAUUAUUAUCAUCAUCAUCGUUAUUAUUAUUAUUUUUUUUUUUCAUGAUUAUUAUUAUGUUUAAUUUAUAUACAAUACCAAUGUACCGUACCAAUGUCAUGUUUUAUGGUUUUAAGAGUUAAAUUUGAGUGUAUCGAUUGUAUAUUUAUUUUUAAAAUUUCGAAACAAACUACGAGACGUAAGACCAGUCGAUGUUAAACAAACGCUUUAAACAUUUUAAAAAGUUAAUUUCAUGAAA